GUUUUUUUUUUCAGGGCUGGAGCUGAAAUCUGCAGGACUGCGACUCUCUAGGACCGAACUUGCCUACCCCUGAUUUAGAUGGUUAAACAUUAGGUAGAGGUGAGCUAUAAACCUCGCUGAUGGUGAUCAAUAAGGUUUUUAUCAAGUGGAAAUCUCUGCUUGUUUCCAGUCGAGAAGCAGGUGUGAGACUUUCCAUUCCCAACAGGUAAAGAUAAGCAGAUUAAGGAUGUAGAGUCUCGGGGAUAAACUGGAGUGGAGGAAUGAGAUACGAGUUCACAAAGGGCUGAGAGGGUGAGAGUCAUGGAGUCUAAUACAGUAAGCAGUAGGAUGGUGUUGGAGUCAGGGAGAUUCGGAAAGUGGAUCAAGUGUUGUCAGAGAUGACACACAGAUUGUACCAAGAAGAUUAAGAUGUUUAAUGUCGAAUGCGAGCAGGCAGGCAGACGGAGCUCUCACCAUCUAACCCCACCGCCCUGUCUCCCCUUACAGACUGUCAGCAAGUACAACUCUCAGUACCACAAACUUUUCCAGAACAUUCCCAAAGAGGAGAUCCUCAUGAAAGUGUACUCGUGCGCUCUCCUAAGGGACAUCUUGCUGCAAGGACGACUCUAUAUCUCCCGCAACUGGCUGUGUUUCUACGCUAACCUGUUUGGCAAGGACAUCAAGGUGGCUAUUCCUGUAGUUUCAGUUCGUCUGGUAAAGAAGCACAAAACAGCUGGUCUGGUCCCUAAUGGCCUCGCCAUCACUACAGACACCAGUCAGAAGUAUGUUUUUGUCUCACUCCUGUCUCGGGACAGCGUCUAUGAUGUCCUCAGGAGAAUUUGCACCCAUCUGCAGGUCAAUGGGAAGAAGAGUCUGAGUCUAAAGCAGUAUCUCGAAGAGCCUGGCUCUCUGUCAACUGAUGAGUUCCCGGUGACCAGCGCUUACCCUGCCGUGUUAAAAUGGCGCAGGAAGCCUUCAGUCCCAUCCGUCUCCUCAUCUCUCCCUGAUCUUUUGGGAAAUUCCAGCAGCAGUGCAGAAAAGCCUUCGUUUACAAGUGAAACACAACUGCAAGAGAGACAUCUCGAGGCUGAGGAUAUUCUGCUGACUGAGCCUGUACCAGAGCUAGGUCACAUGGAGUAUCAGCUCCUCAAGUUCUUCAUCCUGCUUAUAAUCCUGCUGAUUAUGUCAUCCUGUUACCUGGCUUUCCGUGUGUGCAGUCUGGAACAGCAGCUCUCCUUCCUCAGCACACAGCCUACAUUACCCAUGAGAGAGAGGUAACACUGGUUUAAAAGUGGCUUUGCUCCUGUCCAGUGUAGCCAUUAGCAGAUAGAAAAGAAUCACUUAAUGGAUUCUUGGACAGAAUUUUUACUGAUCCAUUACUGACCAACAGCAGAGGAGGGAAAUGAUGCUCAGUUUGGUCAGCUGGUACUUUCUUGUCAAGACUGAUGAACUAAUUUGACAUAUAAAGUAGUUCUUCUGUAUAUGAUACAAGGUAAGCUCACUGAGCAGCAGUUUGCUGAUGGUGCUUGUUAUCUGACUUUUCCUCAACGGCAACUCUACGACGUCAUACACCAGCAAGACAGAGAGACCGAGGACAAUCGGACACGCCGUCAGGUCCUUCAGCGUUCUUCAGACGUCAGUCAUUUCAUUUCAGGAACCUCACCGGUGAAAGCGGUCAUAUUGCCAGUGAGAUUUGUUUGUUUAAGAGAGAUGUUACAUGAAGGUCUUUGCUUUGGAAAGUACGCAGUUAGGAAAUGCAUUUCAGGUAAGAUGAAUCAUGUUACCUACAAAAAGAUGGGUUUGUCUGAAUUCUACAAACACCCCAGAAGAAACGACUAAAAGGAGAAGUUCACUUCCAGAACAAAAAU